CGUUCGCACCUGGCCGCUCUUACCCCAUUUCACGCAACUUCCCUGUUAGCGCCUGAGCGCCGCCUGCCCCCCUCUAGCCUGGCUGGCUCUUGCCCGUCCGCCGUGUCGUGCCUGCCUGUCUGCCCGGUUUCUACCCCUUCUUCUUCCCCUUCCGUUGCAUCACAUCACACACACCCUUCCACCACUCCAAUCCAACUUGCCGUCAACUUGACCCAGUCCAUUCGUUUUAUCCCCACGCCUUCCCUUCUACCCUCCCCAUAUCCCCAACCUCAACACUUCACCGCCGCUGGUUUGGCCGUCGACUGUUCCCCGUGCUCGUCCUGAGUACCACGCCCCCAUUCUCCUAAGGCUUAUCCGCCUGCUUCCACCAACCACCUCCACCACGACGACGACGACGACCACCGCCUCCGUAAUACUCCACCACUCCGCUCGACCGACCACGCACCCAACCCUCUCCGAGUCUUGCCCACCAUGCUCCCAUCGCUGUCCGCAGCCGUCGCGCUGCUGGCCGCCGCGUCGCUUCCUCUGGCCUCCGCCAAAGAGCGCAUGAUCGAGAGCAGGUCGCUCAACCCGUGCAUGACAAACUCGAGCUUCUCGGCCACCCUCUUCAACGUCUUCUUCACCCCGGACAACAGGACCCUCACCUACGAUGUCAAGGGAGUCUCGGGAAUCAACACAAAGGUCGUCGCCGAGAUGGAGCUCAUCGUCUACGGCUACUCGUUUAUGAAGCAGGAUCUGAGGCCUUGCGACAGCAGCGAGCUGCGCGGCAUGUGCCCCAUGACGGCCGGUAACCUCGAAAUCAGCUCCAAUCUCGACAUCAGCGCCGAGGUCAUGAGCAACAUCCCCGGAAUCGCCUACACCAUCCCCGAUCUCGACGCCGCCGUCCGCAUCAAGAUCUCCGACGAAAACACAAAGCAACAGCUCGCCUGCGUCGAAGCCGAACUGUCCAACGGCCACACCGUCCAGCAAAAGGCCGUCAGCUGGACCACGGCCGUCAUUGCUGGCUUGGGUCUGAUUGCUUCCGCCAUCACUUCGGGUCUGGGCCACUCCAACACCGCUGCUCACGUGGCUGCCAAUGCCAUGUCCCUCUUCGGCUUCUUCCAGGCCCAGGCCUUUUUCGGUAUGGUGGCCGUGCCUCAGCCGCCCAUUGUUGCUGCGUGGACCCAGAACUUCCAGUGGACCAUGGGUAUCAUCCGCAUCGGCUUCAUCCAGCGCAUGGCCACCUGGUACCAGCGCUCCACCGGAGGAACUCCCACUACUUUCCUUUCCAAGUUGGGCGAGAUGUCCAUCGAGAUCAUGAAGAGGAAGGUCAAGCGCUCCUUUGACGACACCCCCACCCUCAUGACCAGGGACGCCCUCCACGAGAGUGUCCGCCACAUGUCCAAGCUCGUCGCCCGUUCCAAUGCCGACAACAACCAGAUUCUGGCCUCGGGUGACCAGCGUGUCACUCUCCGCGGUAUCGAGCGUGUCGGUUUCAAGGCCAACAUGGAGGUCACCAACAUCUUCUUCACGGGUUACUGCUUCUUCAUCAUCUUCGUUCUUCUUGUCGUUUUGGGUGUCGUGGCCUUCAAAUACAUCUGUGAGGCGCUCGUUAAGGCUGGCAAGAUGAAGCAUGACCAAUUCACCGAUUUCCGCAACGGCUGGCAGACGGUCCUCAAGGGUAUUCUCUUCCGUGUCAUUCUCAUUGGUUUCCCGCAGAUGAUGGUCCUGUGCUUCUGGGAGCUCACCCGUCGCGAUUCCCCCGCCGAGGUGGUUCUGGCCGUCUUCACACUGCUCACCAUGAUUGCCAUCCUCGGCUGGGCCUCGUCCAAGGUUGUGCGUAUUGCCCAGCGAUCCAUCGCUAUGCACAAGAACCCUGCCUACAUCCUAUACUCGGACCCUGUCGCUCUCAACAAAUGGGGUUUCUUGUACGUUCAGUUCAAGGCUGCCAUGUACUGGUGCAUCAUUCCCGUUCUGCUCUACAUCCUCCUUAAGGCCAUGUUCAUCGGUUUGGCCCAGGGCAACGGCGGUGUCCAGGCUGUCGCUUUGCUUUUGAUCGAAAUUGGUCUCCUGAUCGGUGUUUGCGUCCUCAGGCCGUACAUGGACAAGAAGACCAACGGUUUCAACAUUGCCAUCGCUGCCAUGAACGCUCUCAGCGCCCUCUUCAUGCUCUUCUUCUCCGAGAUCUUCAAGGCACCCGGAGUUGUCUCAGGCGCCAUGGGUGUUGCUUUCUUCAUCUUCAACGCAGCCUUUGCUCUGGUCCUACUUUUGAUGGUUCUCAUCGCUUCCGGUUUCGCCCUGUUCACGAGCAACCCCGACACCCGCUACCAGCCCAUGCGUGACGACCGUGGCUCCUUCAUCAAGUCCCAGACGCAACUCACGACGGAGCUGGAUGCUCUUGGUGCCACCGCUCGCGGUGAGGGCAAGGGCCAGCACGCUCGCCUUGACGAUGAUGACGACGCGGCCAUUGAGCGCCAGCAGAUCGCAGCCAAGGAGGGUGGCUUCUCGGAACACUACCAGCCGGCGCCUCCGCGCAGCCCUGUUCCCCAGACCUCGCCGUACGGAUCCAGCACCAACAUCCCCGCCAACAACCCCCCCUCGUAUUACGGCAACACCAGCCCACCCUCGGCACCGCAAACCGCGUAUGGAAGGGCAGGCAGCUUGAAGAGCGAGGCGCAGUACCGGACUGCCAACAACUCCAGUCCGUGGCAAAGAGGAGCGGGCUAUGAUCAUUGA